AUGAAUUCUUUAUCAGAAGACUCCAUUCAGCUGGUCGAUUUACCUGAUGAGUUAAUUUUAAUUAUUAUGAACAAAGUCAAACCUAAAGUGUUAUUGCUUUGUUCUAUUAUCACUAUUGGUAAUAGUCGUUUAGAAAAACUUGCACUUGAUAUGUGUCAUUCAAUUGAUUUAACUUUUGAUUAUUUUCAAUCACCAUAUAAAUUUAUUAUUCCACGUUUUUAUACACAUGUUAUGCCUUCUAUCAUUAAUAAUAUUCAAUCAUUGACAUUAAGUUUUCAACAUAUUCGAAAUAUGAUUACUUUUGUUGAAAUAUAUUCUAAUAGAACUCUUCCAAAUUUGACAUAUUUGAAAAUAAUAAUUAGUAGACAAAAUCCUAUGAUAGGCACACCUUAUACAUUAGGCAAUAAUCUUUACGGUGUUUCACGGUGUUUUACUCUCUUCUCAAAUAUACCUCAAUUUUCUGUACUGGAUAAGAGCAAUGCUGCUCGUACUCUAUCGAAAUUUCUUUGUUCAUUAUCUGUGCCUUCUAUUGUAUCGUUCGAAUUGGAUGAUGAUUGUAUUUUAACAAAUAUAUUUAAUGAUGAUGAUUUAUUUUUUCCUGAAUCAAUUCAUCUGACUCAUAUCCGAAUAACAUUGUUUGAAUUCGAACAUUGUAUUUGUUUACUUAAUCAAUUGGGCUCACAAUUAUGUUCAUUCGUUGUAAAUGUGAUGUUUGUUUCUGUACGAGAUGUUGGUAUUUUUUCUAAAAUUAAAUUAAUUUCAUGUCCUAAUUUGAAACGAUUGACAAUGAUAAGCUAUCGCAGUAUAAUUGAUUAUGAAAAAUUGUUUCUUCCUGUUUUACAACGUUUAUCAAAUGUCGAAUAUUUAAUAUUAUUAUUAGCUAUUGAAUUCAAAAGAAAUACACCCAAACAUUUUAUUGAUGGGUUUGAUUUGAAUAAAGACAUUAUUUCAUACAUGCCUCAUUUAUGUCAAUUUCAUUUUCAUAUUCGUUCAAUAUUACCAAAUGCUUCUCAUGUAGAAAUCGAUAGAAUUCGUCAAAGUUUUAUCAAACAACAACAAUCUGUUGAUUGUGCAAUCGAUUAUUUUAAUAAUGACCAUGGUCAAUGUCAAAUCUAUUCACUUCCAUUUAUAGGUACUCGUCUUGACUUUAUUUCAAAUCGAUUUCCACUCUUUGAUACUAAUAAAACAUUUUCAAUGGUUACUAAGUUAUUACUUUUCGAUGAUAUCCAACCGUUCGAAAAUGAUUUCUUUGAACGUGUCUCUCGAGCUGUACCUCAUCUUAAAACACUUGACAUAAUAAAUGAACUUGAACAACAAGAGAAUAUAGAAACAACAACAAAUUAUCUUGAAUUUACUCAUUUAACUACUCUGAUUUUAUUUGAUAUUCAUUUGGAUUAUGCUGAACAAUUACUUUGUCGAAGUCAUCUUCCUUCUCUUAUUGAACUUGCCAUUAAUAAUAAUAUAUUGUUAAAAAUAAUCGCUCAAGAUCAACAACAAGCAAAAGACAAUUGUUCUAGAGUAGGAACUCUACGAACUUCUGAUCCAUUCUAUCAUUCAAUAGAUACACUUCGAAAUUUUUUUCCACAAGAUUCCUAUGUUCAACAUCCGAAAGAAUAA